AUGGCGUCUGCCGGGAAGCCUCCAUUGGAGGACGCACGUCGGACGACAGGAUCGCCAAAAAUGAAGAGCCGCGAGAACGCGAAAGACACGCUGUGCCGAAACGUAACCAUCUAUGGGCGUUGCCGAUAUGAAGACAAGGGCUGCGCUUUCAAUCACGACCCGUCGAAGCUUAAUGCGUACCAAGCGGACAGCAAAAAGAGGUUCAAUGUAGACUCACCCAGCUUCACUCCAUCAUUGCUGUCUGGCAAUGGUGUAUCCGCACCGAAGAAGUCCACUGCCCUCUCACCCAAGGCUGUUAGUGCUGCACCAUUUCAACCUCGAGCAUCAACAAGAUCAAACGCGGGCACCCCUUCAGGGCGGUCUGAAGCAUCCCAGGACUGGACGGUGGCAGAUGUGCAGGAGUUCGUUCCCCAAAGCUUUGAUGUGGGAUCUCUUCAAGGCAACGGCAAUGGAGGCAUCGCUUCUCCAACUGCAUUUGAUCCAUUUGUUACCACGCCCACUCCCAUGACACCUGGGGCUGUGGGCUCUGUUUCCGCCAAUCCUUAUUCCCACGAUGCUACUGCUGCGAUGGGAGGCGCGUUUUUUGCGAAUCAAACCGGAUUCCAACAACCAGUCCAAUACCACCUUUACGCCCCCAUCGGUCCUCACAGUCAAAGCACUUUGGGAUAUCAGCGCAAUGUGCAUGACCUUUUCCUUCCCAAUGAAAUACGGGAAGAGCUGCAAAAGAAAUCUGCAGCUACCCUUCAAACUCUCCCUAACACCCAACUCCCUGCACAAGUCGACUACUUCCACUCUCUUGUUCCCCUUGAUUUGAAUCAUCAAAAGAAUGCUGCCAUCUUUGGCUACCCAAGCUGGAUUUACAAGGCGCAGUCAAGCAAAGAUGGUCAUUUCUACGCUCUCCGUCGACUUGAAGGUUUCCGCCUUACCAAUGAAAGGGCUAUCCGCUCUGUCCAGGCUUGGAAACGUGUUUGCAACGGCAGUGUGGUGACUGUGCAUGAUGCAUUCACUAGCCGCAGCUUCCAAGACAGCUCUUUGAUCUUUGUGACUGACUACCACCCUCUCUCCAAGACGCUGGCAGAGCAGCACUUGGGUGCUGGCAACAUGGCUAUUGGCAAUCGCUUCCAGCAGCCUCGUAGCAAUGCCCACAUUCCUGAGCAGGUUCUCUGGGGCUACAUGACCCAGAUCGCCAACGCUGUCAAGGCAAUUCACGACAACGGUCUUGCCGCUCGUGUCCUCGAGCCUAGCAAGGUUCUCAUCACUGGAAAGAACCGUCUUCGCAUCAACGCCUGUGCUGUACUUGACGUUGUGCAGUUUGACACUCAACGGACUGUCCCAGAUCUCCAGCGCCAGGAUCUGGUCAACUUCGGCCAGCUGAUUCUCACCUUGGGUGCCAACUCGCCUGCUAUCAUGCACAACCCUGCUAAGGCCAUGGAGCAUUUCACCCGCACUUACAGCCUCCAAAUGAAGAACUCUGUCGUCUGGCUGCUGAACGCCUUGCAGACGGAAGUGACUCGAGACAUUGACACCUUUAUUCACGGCAUCUCAGCUCAACUGAUGUCGACUUUUGAUUCGGCCCUGCACAUGGAUGAUCAGCUCACCUCUGAUCUCACCCGCGAGCUAGAGAAUGCACGUCUCGUGCGCCUGCUGUCCAAGCUCGGUCUUGUCAAUGAACGCCCCGAGUACGACCUUGACCCCCGCUGGUCUGAUAGCGGCGAGCGCUACUUCCUCAAGCUCUUCCGCGAUUACGUUUUCCACACCGUGGACGCCCAAGGCGACCCGGUCGUCGAUCUUGGCCAUAUGCUUACCUGCCUUAACAAGCUCGAUGCUGGCAGUGACGAGAAGAUCACCCUGAUCAGCCGUGAUGAGCAGAGUUGCUUCAUUGUCAGCUACAAGGAAGUAAAGAAGGCUCUCGAGUCUUCCUUCCAGGCGCUCAUGAAGCCCGCACGACGCAUGCACUAA